AAUAUUGUUAACCAUUGACAAUUAUACGAAAUCAGAUUGCUGUUAUUAUAUUAUUAUUUUUUAAAUUCUAUCUGGAAAUUAGAAUUUUGUCUUGACCCUCACCCCCUGAGGUUAUGAUUUGUCAAAGCGAAAUUAGCGGGAUUUUUCAUUGCAUAACGAGAAAGUGAGCACGCUUCAAGUUGUAUAUUUUACAAAGAUGCCAAAAAGGAACAACAAGAGAAAAGCUUCAGAUUCAAAGUUGCAAUCAACUGAAAAACAAAAUCAUUCUCAUGAUUUUUUAGCUGAAGAAGAGUCGUCUAUUCGAGCGAAUCUUCUUUCUUGGUACGAUCAAAACAAACGCGAUCUACCAUGGCGGCGUUACGCCAGCGAAGAAGACCCCAACAAGAGAGGCUAUGCUGUCUGGGUAUCAGAAGUAAUGCUGCAACAGACUCAGGUAGCUACUGUGAUAGAUUAUUACAACCGAUGGAUGGAAAAGUGGCCAACUUUGAAAGAUCUUGCCGCAGCAACGUUGGAAGAAGUGAACGAGUGCUGGUCAGGUCUUGGGUACUAUUCGAGAGGACGUCGUUUGCAUGAGGGAUGCAAGAAGAUUUUAGAAGAAUUGGAUGGCAACAUGCCAACAUCUGCUUCAAAGUUACAAAAGGAGCUUCCAGGUGUGGGACGCUAUACUGCAGGGGCUAUUGCAUCAAUUGCAUUUAAGGAGAAGACAGGAGUGGUAGAUGGAAAUGUAAUAAGAGUGUUCUCCCGAUUGCGAGCCAUUGGUGCAGACACAACCACAAAUGUUGUAAUUGAUAAGUUCUGGCAACUAGCAAAUUCCCUCGUUGAUGGCGAAAGACCCGGUGAUUUAAACCAGGCUUUAAUGGAGUUUGGAGCAACUGUGUGUACCCCAAAAUCACCCAGCUGUAGUAACUGUACCCUCAAUGAAUACUGCAGGGCUUAUAAACAAGUUGAAGAAUACAACAAGAAAUCAACUGAGCUCUUGAAUGCCAAGCUGAACAAUAACAAACUCUCCAAGACAUUUGAAAUAUUGGAUAUUGAGAACUGUGAGCUGUGUCUGUCAUCAGAAGUACCUUGGGAUCCAGCUUUAGGUGUUUUUAACUACCCAAUGAAACCAAAGAAGAAGGAAACAAAGGAAGAAAAGUUUGCCACAUUCAUAGUGCAGAGAAACAACCCUGAUGAUGAACAACAAUUUUUGAUUGUCCAGAGACCAAAGACUGGAUUACUAGCAGGGAUGUGGGAAUUUCCGAACAUAGAACUGACUUUAGAAGCAAAAUCUAAUACAGUCACCAAUGACUUCUUGUCAGAAAAAAUUGGUCUUUCAAAGUUGGAUAACAGAAAGGAAAUAGGUGAAGUGAAUCACAAGUUUUCACAUCGCUAUCACACAUACAUUGUAGAGAGUUAUGUGUGUGAAGACACUGAGAAUGAUUUGGUAGAAAGUACUAAACUAAAUGGACAAGCAUCUAGAUGGGUGACAAAGGAUGAGUUUGAAGAAGCAGCUAUGCCAACGGCAAUGAGAAAGAUUUUGAAGUUAUAUGAAGACAGUUUGAAGACUAUCAGUCAGGCUGCUAAAAAGAGAAAGUUGGGUAAUGCAUCAUCUCAAGUGAAAAAUCAAAGAACCAUGGAUUCAUUUUUCAAACCAAAGAAUUAAAAAGAAACUCAAGUUUAUACAGUAAAACUAAGAGAAGCCAUUCACGUCAGAAUAGAAACACAUUUUUUGAAUCAGGAAGGGGGUAGAAUCAACAUACCUUAUGUCUGGAACUAUUUACUGCAUUCAAAUGCGUCAAGGUUUAUGAAAGCUCAUGUAAUGUGACUUGCAAUCAUUGUGAUCAAGAUUCUAGUUGAGUCAAAAGCUCAAUGACCUGCUUUAAAAUCUAUUCUACUUUUUCUUAAAAGUUCAUCAUUGUUUCUUUAAUAUUUUAUACCAGUACAAAUGAAUUUACUUAUUUGUACUAAUUAAAUUGUAAACUGUUUUAAUUUUAGGCUUACAGAUGAUUAGAUACAUCUAAUAGGCCCAUUGCUGAAUUCAAACUAUAUGCAAUAAGGAAUCAUAUGGAUACAGAAAUCAUCCACUUUUACAUAUUAUAGUACACUUGGCAAUUCCCUGCUAGCAGAGUCUCUCCUCUUUCUCUCCCUUCUUUUAGGCAGGGAGGAGGGAGACUGCCAAAUGUAGAGUGGUUCCUUCGAUAUACUGCGGACAAACAAAUCCAGUCUCACAACCGUUUUUUAACCGGGUACAUGUAGUGCACAUGAGCAAUUAAUGUAACACACCGUGGCGCCAAACGUUGUCUGACAAGAGUGUUGUCAAAACCAUGACAGCAUUGCUAACAGUUAUGCCACGCAGGACCUCAUACAAUUCAUAAUUAAUAAGUACUCGUAAUGUUUUGAAAGUUCUUAAAUUGCACUCUUUUACAAAUACCAAAGGUAUUUUAAAUGCUGACAAGAGUUGUCAAUAUUUGGACCCACCUAAUGUGCUUCAUCUCUCCCGAUGGAUCUAUUCCUGUGAUUCAUCAACAUAUAUAAACCAUAUGGAUUAUAUGACUAACUUAAUCAGACCUAAUCAGGAAUGCAGGCCCAAGGACCAAGGCUGAAAAUUUUUAGCACAAUCCCUGCAAAAUACUGUCAGCUACGUACUGAGGAUCAUAGACAAAAAAUAUGAGUAUUGCAUAAUGUAAUGUCUUUAUUCCAAGUAAAUUACAAAGUAGUUAUUCAAAUUACUUCUAAAAAAUCUGCAUUGUCAUUGUUACAUCUACGACAUAAAUCCAAAAACACAUGCAGUACAGAAACUAUAAAGAUAGUUAAGGUAUACAAUUAAUUCAAGAAUUUCAUACUUUUUUCUCAAUACUGCAAAUGGAUUAUAUUAAGGGCCCUUUCAAACAUUCCCAACAAUUGCUGGUAUCAAUGUUGGAACUGUUCAUCAGGGCCUUUAGUCACUAACACUUUUUUAAAGUGGCACUUGGAUGAAAAUGGCCCAAUUUUUCAAAGUCCAAACAAUUGAAGUAUUUGUGGAUAAUUUGACUCAAUUAUGAUCAUGUAAACCAGAUUAGUGAAAAUUUUUCCCUGGCCACUCACAGUUGAGAAACUUUGGGUUAAAAGUGGAAAGAACAAUAGGGUUAAAUGACGUCAUUUACUCACAAUUUAUAUGCUAAAUAAAAUUGAUAAUUUUUAUCUGAGACAUUUUACUGUGAAGAAAAUAUGUUGCUUGGCUACGAUUGGGGCCAUGUAGAUACGUUUAAUUAAGUUUAAAGUCAUUUCCAAUUUUUAUCCAUUUUCAUCCAAGUGCUCCUUUAAGAAACCCAGCAUUAAUAAGCCUUUUCAUAGUUUAAGAAUCAAUUCCACUGCGCAUGCAAUUUUAUCCCGAA